UGGUUAUGUCAAAGGUUUGGCGGUUUCAUGGUUCUUUCCUCCUCACAACAACCCCUCCUUUCCCUCGACGGUUAACAACCUUCCUUAAAUCCAUCAUCCAUCCCCAUCCUCCCUCGCCACCCUAACCCAACACAAUCCCACCCCCACCUCAGAGACCCACCACUCUCCCCCACACUUCACCUUUGAUUCCUCUCCCCUCCCCACCACCCCGUAGAAAUGAAAGUCACCGGCGUCGACGGCGCCGACCGAGUGAAGGGCUCAUGGAGCCCGCUGGAGGACGAGACGCUGAGGCAGCUCGUCGAGCAGCACGGCCCCCGCAACUGGUCCCUGAUCAGCACCGGCAUCCCCGGCCGCUCGGGGAAGUCCUGCCGCCUUCGCUGGUGCAACCAGCUCAGCCCCGCGGUGCAGCACCGGCCCUUCACCCCGCUUGAGGACGCCACCAUCCUCGAGGCGCACAAGGUCCACGGCAACAAGUGGGCCACCAUCGCCCGCCUCCUGCCCGGCCGGACCGACAACGCAAUAAAGAACCACUGGAACUCGACGCUGCGCAGGAGACGCUCGGGCGAGCGGUCGUCCAUGUCUUCCGAGUCCAACUCCGGGAAGCACCACCUGAGCCACGACACCGCAGCUGAGUCCGAGACUGACUUGGAGAUCAAGAGGCAAUGCUUGCGGGUUCUGCCGGACGAGACUAGUCGUGACGGAGAUGUGAGGCCAAAGGGGCCGAGGACUUCGCUCACGCUCUCUCCACCGGGAGAGAGCCUCAUAGCUGCACUGGAAGGUGAGAAGGCAGCACCGAAUCACGACGACGGAGAUCAAAAACCAGCAUUGAAGCGGAAUGGGGACGUGAAGGGCACAGCGGCGGCAGCAAUGGAUGAUAGUUGCUUGGUGAUGAUCAUGAAGCGCAUGAUCGCAGAGGAGGUUAGGAAGUAUAUUGAUACAAUGUGCACACAACAAGGUCUUUCACAGGGAGCCCACCAGCCGGAAUCUUCAUCGACCGCAAAAGACCCGUGAAGUCGUCAUUUUGGUUUUUCUUAGCCACCGGCUCUAGCGUUUUGGGUCGUUUCCUUUAGGUUCGCUUUGGUUAGGAAUAACAUAGACAAAAUAACAUGUUUCGAGAGUUCACCAGGGUUUCUGAUGUGUCUCUCCAUUUGCAAAGAACAGAUGAGGCAGGCUCAUGGUGAACUUAUGAACUUCAUCCAGUGAAGGUUGGAGGCAGCAAUUCUGCACAUACAUGCUACAUUUUCCACACUGAAUCUUCUUCGAUCCUCACAGA